UGGCAAUCUCUAUGUUAUAAAUAUGACCUUGCACUUGAAUAUGAAUGUAGUUUUGUUUUAUAACUAGUAAAAUGGAGGUCAAAUUACUUAUUCUGUCGAUUGUCUUCUCCUGGUGCCUGGUACAGCCAGCGUACAGCACCUCGCACAUCAUCGCAGCUAAGGCUGCAGUUGCCAAGGCUGCAGCUGCCAAAAGUGUUGUGAAGGGCGCUGCCACGAUCGGCGCUGGAGCCCUUGUAGCUAAAGGCGCUGUACUCAAAGGUGCAGCACUACUUGCGGCGAAGGGAGUUGCAGUUAAAACUGCAGCUCUAUUAGCAGCCAAAGGUGCAAUAAUCAAAGGGGCAAUAGCAAAACAUAUAGCAAAACAUGCUAUUUUAAAUGCAAAGGCAGUCAAAGCAGACGCGGUCGUUACAGCCCCAAAGCAGCCAUUUAUAGUUGAGAGCGUCGAGAAAGCUGUAAUACACCCUGUUAUUUAUUCUGUCCCUCAGCCGGAAGCCGUCGUAAUAACUCCACCAAAACUAUCUACAAUCAUAGAGAAGUUACUUGGGGUAGCCAACGCUACGAAGAAAGCAGUAGUCACCAAAUCUAGCGCAAUAGCAGAUUUCCUCUCUUCCUUAAUGCCAACUAAAACCCUUGUGAAGCCUCCGCCAUAUUUAUUCUAUGGUAUUGUGACUUCGCCGAAGUUUGGCGUGCCCGUGAUUGAAAAAACUGAAAAAUGUUGAUAGUUAUUUAUUAAUGAGUUAGCUUCGUAAUUUAAAGUAUCUGAAAUAAAUAACUUGUAAAU